AAACAGUGCACCGAACACUGUAGCUCAGUCGUGAAAUCGUUGGAGGUGUGUGGCCGAGCGCGACGUGCCCGCCUCUUCGAGAAAAGGAGAUAUAUUCUCACGUGGAUUCUCUCCGGUUUCGCCUUCCACGCGUGUGUCCGCGUUUUAUAUAUAAAGCGACAGUUUUAUUCGCGGAUGUAACCCCUUCCUCUUUCUCGGGGAGAAAAGUGCGCUUCCUGGGUGGUAUUAAUUGUGUCUCUUUUCGCGCGUUGUGUGUUCUUCUUUUUCCCUUCGAAUUUCGAUGUGUGAAUGAAACGUGAAAGUUUGCGCGAAAAGCAAUCUGUAAAUUUGCGUGAACGAUUUUGAACGCAUUCGUCUUUCUGUGAAUCACAAGCAGAGCGGAAAUUUGUGCUUACAUAAAUAACGGAAAACCGAGUCGGCGCGAGUUCUAUUAAUUAAUUGGCUGCGUUUCAAGAAGCGGAUUUUUUGUCAAAAUGGGGCAAUGACCGGUGAAAUAUUAUGAAAUUCAUAAACGACAGGAUGUAACAGUCACUGGUAAUCACAAUUGGAUUAACAUCAAAUCGUAAAACCUAUUCUCGACAAUAAAAAGAAGCGGUGGAUUAUCGAGAUGAGCGGAAUGAAGAAGGCGAUCGGUGGAUCCAUUCACAGAAUACGCGAAUUCGAGCUCGAGAAGGUAAAUCUGAUAGAUGAGUUCGACAUUCUGCAGAUCGUCGGUGAGGGAUGGUUCGGCAAGAUCUUGCUGACAGAACACCGCAGCACGCAAACCGAGAUGGUAUUGAAGGCGCUACCGAAAGCAUACACCGGCAUUUCGGACUUCUUUCGAGAAUUUCAUUAUGGGUUACACCUGUCAGCGCACAGGAAUAUUAUAACCACUUACGAUGUGGCGUUCGAGACGGCCGGUUUUUACGUUUUCAGUCAAGAAUACGCUCCGCUCGGUGAUCUCACAUCGAACGUGACAGAGACGGGGUUGGGCGAGCUUCACGCGAAGAGGGUGGCCAGACAGCUCGCUGCUGCGGUGCAACACAUACAUAGCCGCGAGCUGGUGCAUCGGGACAUCAAGCUCGACAACAUACUUGUGUUUCGCAGUGACUUCUCGCGUAUCAAGCUAUGCGAUUUUGGCGAGACCAGGCGGGUCAACACCGUCGUGCGAAGGCACAACGAGUGGCUGCCGUAUUCGCCGCCCGAGGUACUGCAGAUCGACACUGACGAGACGUACAAAGCUCGUACGACGCACGAUGUCUGGCAAUUCGGCAUUGUCCUAUUUGUUUGCCUGACCGGAUGCCUGCCGUGGCAGAAGGCGGCAUUGGAUGAUCCGCGUUAUACGAGAUAUCAAACCUGGCACAACGCAACGCUCAACAUCGCCAAGAAACCGAAAUUAUUUCAGCUGAUUAGCUCACGGUCGCAGAAAUUAUUCAAGAGGCUGCUGGACCCAAAAGCUGAGAAGCGGCCGGUUAGCGUGUUGGAGGUAAAUAAAUAUUUGGAGGACAGAUGGCUGGCGAAACUCGGAGCCGAAAAAGCAUUGAACGGCGGCGCCGACGAGAGAGACGAGCUCUGUCCGUCUAUGUAUAGCUUUCAUAGUUCCUUGGAAGAGAAGAAUCAACUUCUUCAUACUCUCACGACGUAUGGCAUCGAGACGACGGUGGACCGUUCGAAGAAGAAGGAUCGUAUCAGGGAGUGGAUACAGGCCAGCGCGAUCGUCGAGGAGACCGAGGGAGACGAGUCGGAUAUGUACGAGGACUCGGAAUUCUAUGAAGAUGAAGAUGGGGACGGAAACGAGAGUGAAGAGGCAGAGCCGGUCCCCAUGAGAAGCAGACAUUUCCCGGAGAGACGUCCGAGCAUCACGACGAACGAUCUUAGAAAGAGAAGAGGCAGUAGAGUCCCGCCGGCCCGAAAAGCCGCGUCGAAAAACAAAGUGGCCGUAAAGCCCGUCGAAAGGAAAAUACCCUUUGCUCCUCAAGUGGCCGAGGAACGAGAAACGAUCGCACGCUUCGCCAGUUUCCCCAACGGCGAUCCAAGCCUUGCCUCUGUGAGAAAUGGCAGCGAUCAGACCCGCGAUCUCACCAUGACCAAUGUUACCUCCGACGUAUCGUCAACGACGAACAAUUUACCUCCCGGCGACCUUCGAUCUCCGCUCAAUGCAAACGGCCGAAACAUCAGGAUGGAGAAAACUAACAUUGAUAAUCCUCGAGAGGAUCCGGUUUCCGCGUUGCCGGUCACUAUUUCAUCGGCCGAACAGUCACCGCCGAAAAUUACAUCGGGCGAUCCGGACACAAUUAAAACUAGAGCUGAAAGUAAAAUACCGAUGAGUCCGCAAAUCCCAGUCAGGAAGAAUCGCGCUCAUACGGCGCCGUUUUCGGACGCGCGAUCGCCCGAGAAUAGAAAUCGAGAGUCGGCAAAAAGGACGCAAUCCGUGACAGUUUUACAAACGCCGGAAACUAACAAGGGCCCAUCUCCGCCUCGAGCAUCAACGAAGACAUCGACAAGAACAUCGCCGCAUCCUCCGAUGACAUUUCGAGCAGACACUACCCCCGUCACUACGUCAUCGAUUUCGCGAACGGCUAAAUUAACCGCUCCACCGGUCGUUCGGACUGAUAGAGCACCCGCGAUGUCGAUAACAGGCAGCGCAAAUCUAGCCGAGCCCCAGCAUCCGAAUAGCAUUCUCUCUAGUCGAGUCGAAGGCUCGCCGCCGAAUAUGACACAAAUUACAACACCGGCAAACGUUUCCGCUAUGUCCGCUACCUCUCACUUGGCAAUGCAGAGCUUCAAUGCUCUACGGAGUAUCGCGGGCACAUCUUCGUCACCUUCACCGGUAAAUUCAUCAUUAAGUGUAAAUAAACCCGGUCAACAGCUCGAGGAGAUGACCGUGACUUAUGGCAAAGACGUAUACGAACACUACGGCAUUGCACAGGGCACCAUUUUGCCGAUGAGAAUCAAUGUCGUCAGGCAAGACUCCACUGGUAGCGGCAAUCGAUCUGCAAGCAAUUGAGAUACGAAUUAAAAGAUGAUCGGAUUAUCCUUGAAACCGAUGGUAACUAUGUAUAUUCUCGUAAAUUAAUUGCGAAGCUGAUCGAAUAUUGUCAGAGAUACAUAUAUAUAUUUGGAAGUAUGUUUCCUGAAGAGCAAAUUCAAUGCAAAUGAAGAGGACGAGGGAACGAAAAUAUUUCAUGCAACAUUAAAUAUGCAUAUUUGCGUAUAAUAAUUUCUAUCUAACGUUGAUAUCGUUACGAAUUGUUGCUUCAGAAAUUGCCAAGAAUUCUGUCGGAACGCGUUAAUAUAAGAUACUACGCGAUGUUCAGGUAAAAUAAAGCUGUUACGAAAAUAACAUUAUAACAGGACCGCGCGCUGUACAGACAAGAACAUCACGUUAUGUGCAUCAUACUUCAUUAGUUUCAAGGGAUACUUAUAUCGCCACGUGUCGCUCGCUUCAUCAAGCAUAAUGGGAUAAAAUUAGCGCGGCGUCUCGAAAGAGAUGCACCGUGCAAAAAUGUCGCUGAAGCCGUUUGCCUCCUAUUGUUUUCGAUGGUGUGGAAAACGAUAAGAAAUUUUAUAGUCCACGACGCGAAUAUUCUUUUAACAGUUCCAUUCUUUCAAUAUAAAUCUACUGAUAUUUAUGAUAUUAUAUCGGGUAUCUUUCUUUGGAAGCGUACAAAGGAAGAUAUGAGCCACGGAAUGUGAAUUAAUUAAAUAUAUGUAUAUGUGCUUUUUGUGAUAUUAGAGAUCAUAUAAUAUACCAGUUUAAUACAAGCUUAAUAAAUAUUGAAAGAUGCACGUGACACGUGACAAUGUGAAAUAUAUGCAAAGCGAUGAUUUGUGUACUACUAUUACUUAAGUCACAUUAUCAUCAAAAUGUGAUACAUACUUAUUAUGAGCGUUUUUCAACAAACGACACAGAGAACACAAUGUAUCACGUCCUUUGUUGGUUGGCUGAAUGUAAACAAGGAUGAAGUGAUUCAUGUGUUACACUGUGUCUUCUGUGUCGCUUGCUGAAAAAUGCCCUAUGUUAACAUGUUAUUUUAUUUUUCGUAUUGAAAAAUUAAUGUUAUUCUAUUAAUGUUAUCUUGCAAUAAAUUGUUAAUAAUUAUAUAUCUCACUCGCGUACUAAGUUAUUGAAAAUAAUAAAAUAAAACGAGAUACAUAUAUCGUUUGACGUUUUAGAGAGAGAUGUUUGAAUAAAUUAUACGAUACUAUUUCAGACAUAUAAGCUGAUUAUAUGGACCAUUUAGAACUAUCAAAUUUCAUUUUCUGUCAUUUUCAAAGCAGACUAACAUGCAGACAAGCGAUCAGUCUGAUGUAUAUUAGCGAUUCUUGGAGUAUGCCAUAUACGCGACCGUUUAUAAUUGACGAUACUUUUGCUGGUGCACGAUAUUGUUAAAUAAAGAAACAGAUCUUUAAUGCCGCGGCGUCGCUAAUUAGUUACUGUAGGUGUUUGAUAUUACCUGAUUUAUGAGUGACGGCAGCCGUGACUAUUAGAUAAGCUUCCUUCGACGGCGAAUUUCGCUUAAACUCCAAACUGCGUCGUCGCAAAGAGGGAGAGGAGAGAGGGCGAGAGAGAGAGAGAGAGAGAGAGAGAAACGUCGCGACUAUUAACGUAUCUGAAGAAGAGCGAGGAUGACGUAAGAAUGGGUAGCGAGUAAGGGAGAGAGAGACAAAAUGGUGGAGCAGCCGGGCGAGAGAGGAUCACGAGAGGGUGCGCGUUUGGCGAUGUGGAAAUAAUUCCCCGGGCGGGUCGUGGCACGAAUUAAUUAAGAGAUACGUAAGUAGCGCAUAUUGCGCAGGAGGCGCAAUUACUGUCAUCUUUGACGCCAAGAAGUAACGCGGCGACGUGCGAAAGAUACGAAGGACCGCGAGGCGCGGAGGUAGUUAGUUGUUUAUCGUCGGGAACUAAACUGAUGGUAUAUUGCCGUACAAACGACGGCAACUCGGAACUUUCCCGACACGUACGUUAAUUAUUAUUUAAGUUUGACGUUACUCAUGGAAUUGCUAAUUGACAUUUUUAAUAACGCGCGUGCGAUAUAUUAAUAAAGAUUCACCCGCAUAACGUUCCAAUGAGUAAUGAGGUCGUCAGUUUCUACGAUUGCGAUAUUAUGGUUAAAUUAUUGGUCAAUUAAAUUGUUAUAGGAUGCUACUUAAUUAAUAAUAAAUUACCAAAGUUAUAAAUUAUGAACUACAUAAUGUUUUAGUAAUGUAUCCUUCUGACAGAGUAAAUGAUACUGUACGAGCAUCUGUCCUAAUAUUAUUUUGGAUUACAUGAAAUUGCCAUAAUUAUUGAUCGUAGCUCCGUUCGUGAAUAUAGUCGUGAUUGUUCUUGAUACGCUUAUAUACAGCUAUCAACGUAGCUGACUGAAGAUUGUUGCUCUGUCGAGAGUGACGCUCGACACCUUUGCUAUCGGUCCAAAAGCCAUGCGGAUGAAAAUUGAUGAAACCACAAUUGGUGUUAAUGGCGUACCACAAUUUCCCCCUCGUUGUUAUCAUCCAACAACCUUCUGCAUCCUUGUUACGUCGCUUUCGACAUCUAUUUCGGGAUCGAUCGGAUUUGCUUCGAAGUCAGGGAUCCGUACGCGUAGCCCGGCCUAUGAGGAUGUAUAAUCUACAAUCACUAAUGAUGUGU